AUGAUGGUCCACUGCGCCGGCUGCGAGCGGCCCAUCCUGGACCGGUUCCUCCUCAACGUGCUGGACCGAGCCUGGCACGCCAAGUGCGUCCAGUGCUGCGAGUGCAACUGCAACCUCACCGAGAAGUGCUUCUCCAGGGACGGGAAGCUCUACUGCAAGAUGGACUUCUUCAGGCGGUUCGGGACGAAGUGUGCCGGCUGUCUGCAGGGCAUCUCUCCCAACGACCUGGUGCGUAAAGCCCGCAGCAAGGUGUUCCACCUGAACUGCUUCACCUGCAUGGUGUGCAACAAGCAGCUGUCCACGGGAGAGGAGCUCUACGUCAUCGACGAGAACAAGUUCGUGUGCAAAGAAGAUUUCUCCAGCUCCGGGGCCAUUAAGGAAGUCAACUUGAACUCAGUGUCGUCGUGUACAGAUAGGAGUUUAUCUCCGGAUCUGCAGGACCCAAUACAGGACGACAUAAAAGAGACGGACAAUUCCACCUCCUCAGAUAAGGAAACGAACAAUAUAGAGAACGAGGAGCAGAACUCUGGGACCAAGCGACGCGGGCCCCGGACCACCAUCAAGGCCAAACAGCUCGAGACGCUGAAGGCCGCGUUCGUAGCCACGCCGAAGCCCACCAGACACAUCCGAGAACAGCUGGCCCAGGAGACCGGCCUGAACAUGAGGGUGAUCCAGGUUUGGUUCCAGAACAGAAGAUCCAAAGAGCGACGGAUGAAGCAGCUGAGUGCUCUGGGGGCCCGGCGGCACGCCUUCUUCAGGGGCCCGAGGAGGAUGAGGCCUCUGGGGGGCAGGCUGGAGGAUCCGGACAUUUUAGGACCUGGAGCCUACGGCUACUACGGAGAAUACCAGGGCGACUACUACGGUCCGGGUACUAACUACGACUUCUUCCCCCACGGCCCCCCGUCCUCGCAGGCCCAGUCUCCGGCCGACUCCCCCUACAUCCUGAGCUCCGGACCUGGGGCCAUGGAGGGCUCGGGCCACCACCCGUCAGACGACCAAAGGUUCACGGACAUGAUCUCCCACGCGGAAACCCCGAGUCCGGAGCCGGGCUUACCGGGCUCCCUGCAGCCCGUCCCGGGGGAGGCGUACGGCGGCGGACCGAGUCCUCCGUUCUCCUUGGCGAGUAACUCCAGCUACAGCGCUCCGAUGUCCCACCAAGGCCCGGAGAUGGGGGAGACCACGGCCUGGUGA